GCCGCUCGGCCGCCCUCACUCCGCGCUCCGCGCCGGGCCGCGCCGGGCGAUGCCGUGCGGGCAGCCCGACAGCGGGGCCGCCGCCGCGCGGUACGUGCUGGGGGUGGACGUGGGCAGCACGGUGGUGAAGUGCCACGUCUACGACCGGUCGGCCGCCGUCAGGGGUUCCAGCCACAGGAAGGUAGAAUCACUUUAUCCUCGUCCUGGAUGGGUUGAAUUAGAUCCUGAAGUGCUAUGGAGUCAAUUUAUUGGUGUAAUAAAAGAGGCUGUACAAGCUGCAGGACUUCACAUGAGGCAAAUUGCUGGUCUUGGCAUCUCCACCCAGAGAGGAACUUUCAUCACAUGGCACAAGAGGACAGGGAAACCUUUUCAUAAUUUCAUAAGUUGGCAAGACUUAAGAAGUGCUGAACUUGUGAAUUCCUGGAAUAACUCCCUUCUGCUGAAGGUAAUCCAUGUUAUUUUUACAGUGCUUCAUUUCUUGACUGGGAAUGAUCGAUUUUUGGCACCCAGUUUUCUUACUUUUUCAACACAUCAAGCUUCUAUGAAAUUGUCAUGGGUCUUUAAAAACAUACAUGAGGCUGAAGAAGCUGCCAGAAAAAACAACUGCUGCUUUGGAACGGUUGACACGUGGUUACUGUAUAGAUUGACUAAAGGUUCUGUGUAUGCUACAGAUUACUCAAAUGCCAGUUCCACAGGCAUUUUUGAGCCCUUUACGAAAUGUUGGAAUCCCACUUUGUGUAAUCUACUUUCUAUUCCAGUGUCUAUUUAUCCACCAGUGAGAGACACAAGCUUCAACUUCGGAUCAACUGACUCUGAAAUAUUUGGGGUACCUAUUCCAAUAAUGGCAGUGGUAGCUGAUCAGCAGUCAGCCAUGUUUGGAGAAUGCUGCUUUCACCCAGGAGAUGUUAAACUGACAAUGGGAACAGGUGGCUUCUGGAAUGUCAAUACUGGAGAGCAUCUCUUUGCAGCACGGGGAAGUCUUUAUCCACUGAUCGGUUGGAAGAUUGGGGAAGAAGUUGUUUAUUUAACUGAAGGCUCCAUAUCAGACGUUGGCACUGCCAUAAAAUGGGCUCUGGAUAUAGAACUUUUCACCAAUGUAGAUGAAACAGCAGAAAUGGCACAGAGUACCGCUGAUUCUCAAGGUGUUUGUUUCAUUCCAGGGUUGCAGGUUUCUGGGGAUGACCCAUAUUUAUGUGCCUCUUUUAUGGGGCUGAAACCUUCCACUAACAGGAACCACCUUGUUCGAGCUAUAUUGGAAUCUAUAGCUUUCAGGAACAAACUGCUUUAUGAUAUCAUUGUGAGAAAGGUGCACAUUCCUCUUCGAACUAUUCGAGCUGAUGGAGGUGUCAGUAAUAAUAGUUUUGUCAUGCAGAUGACAUCAGAUUUAAUUAAUAAGAAAAUAGAAAAACCUGCAAACACAGAAAUGUCUAGUCUUGGUGCAGCUUUUCUAGCAGGCCUUGCUUCAGGAUUUUGGACAGACAAAAAACAACUGAAGAAGCUGAGGCAAGUAGAAGCAGUGUUUGAGCCCCAAAAGGAUUCAGAGGAAUACAGACCUGCUAUGGAUGCAUGGCUGCAAGCAAUGAAACACUCACCACACCGGUAGAAAUUUGUAUUUUAAUUUUAGAAGAAUUAAGGCAGUUUAAUCAUAUUUUAUAACAUCUUGACAUGAACAGGACAGUAAAAAACCAUAACUGAAAUUUGUGAUGGUGUAUUAUAAGUCGUGUGGUAUUUCAGUUCCCCCCCUGCUGCUGGAUUAUUUACCAUACUGUACUGAACCGUCCCAUCAUCCCUGUGGCAGCUGUGGUCCAGCUGCAGCAUUUGUGUCCCUUCAGUGACCUCCUUUGGGUGGCCCAGCUGCUCAAAUCCUACCAUGUACUGCCCAUGGGCUGUUCCAACUGGGAUGGGUUUUUCACUGAGCAGCUCCCCUCCCUUCAGAUCUUUAAAAUCUUGCUUGUGUUCAUCAUCCAGGAAGGCUAAAAGGCACAUUGACUCCCCUAGGCAUUGCUAAGAAACAACAUGAUUGUUGGGGCUGGGUUGUGAGGAAUUCAAUUGUGUACAAAGACAUUGUUUGGCAGUAGCCUGUUACCACCUUUUGGUUGACACUGGGCGCUGUGAUCACAUUUUUUGUGCACUAGAUCAAGAUGAAAUACAAAAGCAAAUAGGCUUUUAACACUCCAUUUAAAAAAUCCAGGAUUUUUGUAGCUGAUACUUUGUAGCUAGCUUGUAGCUCAAUUUUUAAAAAUUUUAUAAAGACCAAAAGUGAUUUUAUCUGGAGUGGCCAGCACAGAUACAUUAAAACUAGUUCCAGGUAUUCUAACUGGUAAAUAUCUGUACUGUUAGUAUCUUCAAGGCCAUUUUUAAAUCCUAUUAUUAAUAGCUAAAAGGGAGUAAAAAGUCUAUUUUUGAAGCUAUAAAUUACUUUUGUAUUUUUUAAACAAAUAAAAUAUAAUUAAAGAAAUGUGUAGUUAAUUAUUCUUAUAUAAUUGCUUAUUUCUAAUACUAAAUUAUUGUAAUUUUCUCAGGGUUAUGUGUAAAUCAGCUUCCAAAAUGUAAAAUGAUUAAACAUUUUAAUUUCAGAUAAUAUCAAGCUCAAGCUGUGCGUGAUUUGUAUUCCAUAGACACUGGAGAUAAGAAAUGUUUACAGAUUUAACAUCAUUGAAACAGGGCUGAAGAACUAUAAUUCAUUUUCUUGUGCUGGUACACAGAAGGUCAAAUCAGACACCAUUUCCUUAGUUUCCUUCAACCAUGUACCCUGAGUUGGAGCAUCUCCUCUAGCUGUGUUCAGCCUCCAUCUCAUUUACUUGUCAGCCUUAGCUUAACGUGCCAUUUUUCUUGUUCUUCUGUUACAUUCUGCCCUUCAACCUGUGCUACAUCUUGGCAAUUUUCUUUUCUCUGGGUAUCUUUCCAAUUCUCCUUAACCUUCUCUAAUGUGAAUCCUUGAAUGAAGCACAGAAGCAAGUGUGUCUGCUGAUUUCUAGUAAUAUGCCAGGCUGUAGUGCCAAGACUCCAGCAUUAAGUCCCUCAAAGUGAUUCCCUCCACUCCUCCUCCUGCUGUAAGGUAAGAUUCUGCAGUUACAGGAUAUGUAAAACAAUUGUUUUGCUUUAACACCUCUAUUCAGCUUGGGAUUUUGCUCUGCCAUCACAAAGUCACUGCUAAAGAAAAUGCUCAUUAGCAAGAAGGUUCUCUCUCCAAGGCCAAGAAGGAAGGCUUUAAGUCUGGCUCUCCCGGCAGAAGUUUGUGCCUCAGUCACUGCUAUUCUACAUUUUGUUCUUACUUCUCAGGGAGUUUAGUUUCAUCAACAUCUGCCUUUGAUCACCUACUGCCCUUUUGUGGAAGGCUCCUUGACUUAGGUUCUCCUGAUAGCCUGGAGGUUUAGCUGGGCUGAGCAGGCAGUGCUGCAGUGUCCCAGACAGCUCUGACAGGAGCUGAACCUGAUCCUGUUCAGAUCACUCUGCUGGAGGCAGCUCUGCACCAUGUGCCUGAUGCUUCACCUUCAUGUGGUGGUGGUUUUCACCCUGGACAUGGCACAGCUAGAGAGAGAAGAUACCCAACACAUGAUAUAUUCCGCUAGCUCCAGGUGGUAUCCUAGAGGACACACUCUGGAUAAACAUUUUACCACUGUCACUGUUUCAUUUGGAGCAGGAAUUUAAGCUGUUUUCCUUUCACUAGCCUCAAAUUUACAGGAGAGAAACUUCACUACAAAUUAAGGAUGUGGAAAGGCCUUGGUGUAUUUACCAGUUGAACUUUUCAAAUGGCCUGCAGAGCUGUGAGUUCUGUUGUGGAGAGGUUCAAAGUAGGGAGGAAAGCUUUGAAACAGAGGGGUGUCUGGAAGCCUCCCAUGAUGGACCACCCUUUGGAGAUCAGAGCAUUUGCCACUGCUUGUGACAUGAAGUUGCCCAAGGACUGAGCAGACAAACUGACAUUUUGAAGAAAUUUGAUUACUGAUCAAAGUCUUUUGCUUAUCUUUUACAAGAAAAAUUGAGUUAUCUUCCCAGGAAGUCCUUAAUGUGAUGUUAUCUAAAAGUGGUACCGAUUAAUUGAUGGAUUUGUAAUAAGCUUUGGAUAUAUUUUUACAGGUGCUGUGCUG